AUGGACCUUGAUGGCCUGCCGGCCUUGAGGUUUUGGGGGGGAAAAUUGGAGAUUGCCAGGAACAUCAAGAAGCUUGACGUUCGCAAUUGGCAGGAAUCCCAAACCUUGGCAGAAGGUCAGCUCCUUAUCGUCAUUGACAGCGCCCUCAAUCUGCUGGCCCCGGUGCCACUGCCCGGCCUGACCGACGCCGCCAAGGCCCGUUAA